AGAGUAGCGAGGGACAAGCGCAAGUGACUCCAAAGAGAUAGCACACAGGAUUCACAGCCGCCAACACGCGCCGCGGAAGAGCCGAGAAUGCUCCUCCUUCUCCUCUCCGCGCUCCUCGCCGGCGCCGGCGCCGGCCUCCUCUUCAAGUUCGCCACGGCCGAUGGGGAUUUCACGCUCCUAUCGCGUCGCUCACCGCGGCGGGAGAAAGUCGAUGGGAAGGUUGUGUGGAUCACGGGAGCGAGCCGUGGGAUUGGGGAGGUUCUUUCAAUGCAGUUUGCGAGCUUAGGAGCAAAGCUGAUACUAUCUGCACGUAACAAGGAGGAGCUUGAGAGAGUGAAACAUAACAUUGUCUGCAAGCAUCCAGAAAGCAGAGUUGAAGUGUUACCCAUGGAUUUAUCAUCUGAUGAAGAAUCUCUGAAAGAAGUUGUACAUGCGGCGGAAUCUCUCUUUUCAAGUGCAGGCAUUGACUAUAUGAUACAUAAUGCAGCCUUUGAACGUCCAAAAAGAGGCGCUCUGGAAGAAACUGAGGAUGGUCUUAAGGCAACUUUUAAUGUCAAUGUAUUUGGAACUAUUACUUUGACUCGCCUUCUUGCACCCUCAAUGUUGGACAGAGGGAUGGGUCAUUUUGUUGUGAUGAGCAGUGCAGCCGGAAAGGUCCCCACGCCUGGUCAGGCCCUUUACUCUGCUUCCAAGCAUGCUCUGAACGGCUACUUCACCUCUCUGCGUUCUGAGUUAUGUACAAAAGGCAUUAAGGUCACUGUUAUCUGUCCUGGACCAAUUGAAACACCACAAUCUACUGGUGCAACCUCUUCAUCGCAAAGGCAUUCUUCAGAGAAACGUGUUUCAGUGGAAAGAUGUGCUGAACUGACAAUAGUUGCAGCAACUCAUGGACUGAAAGAAGCAUGGAUAUCAUAUCAGCCUGUGCUGGCUGUUAUGUACUUGGUGCAAUACAUGCCAACAAUUGGUUACUGGCUUAUGGACAAGAUUGGUGCAAAGCGUGUGGAUGCAGCCGCAAAGAAAGGCAACGCCUACAGUUUGAAUCUCCUCUUCGGUGGCAAGAAGUCGGCUUGAUGAAGUUGCUCAUUCACCAGAUAGGAAUUCUUGAUAGGAAUUCUUAAUAGUCAUAUACAGUCUUUCUGGAUUAUGUAACUGGUUAAUUUUCAUUACAAUUGUAUAUCUAAAAGGACCAAAGGAAAGCAAGGUGGAGUACAUUUCAACUCGAGCACAUGUCAGCGUUCCAGCUUAGUAUUUCCAUGCAA